AGAAUUUAGAAAAUAGACAUUGCAUGUGAACGAAGCCUAACACUAUACUCACUGGUACUGUAUACCAAAGGUUUUGUGACAAUCAUCACAGUGAACUUUGAAAUAAUAUUUUUGUCUCUAACUUUCCAUCAUUUAGUAAGAGUUACAGUGUAACUAUUUUUGGUCAUUAUAACAGAUAAUGACGUAAUGAUUAAAUGUUACAUAUAUGUGUUCUUAUAUAUUACCUCAAGACGAAGCUGUUCACCAGGCAACCAAUGGAUAGAAAUAAAUUAAAAUGCUCUGCAUACCAUGUGCGUAUUUCCUUUCCAGUACUAACAUGGCGUAAAACAUGCUGCGGCACUGGGUAACAAAAUCUGCGUCCUUGGGCUACCCCCACAUGUUUUUUGGUCGGAGCACUUACUUCAUGGGAGAGAAACUCAUGUCACUUAGAACAUGUUCGUCAGGUGCAGGAGACGCAUCUUCCCGUGUUAAAAUACGAACUGCACAUAAGAAAGAUGCAGUAAGUCUGACAGACAUCUAUAAUUCCGAGUCAUGGGACUACAUUCCGGAGACCAUAGAAACCUUUGUGGACAUUGCCGGAGACAAUGCCCUGGUGGCAGAAUUGGAUGGAAAAGUUGUUGGUUCCAUGCUGUUCAAUCUUUUGGAUGAAAAAGAAGCCUUUGGUGGUCUUAGCGCUAUUGUACCAGAACUCAGAGGAAAGGGAAUAGUCAAAAAUAUGUGGGCAGAGAGAAGUAAGCGGAUUGGAGAUAGGAAUUUAGGCGUAUUUUCUGUGUUACACAGACAGCAGAUUCUCCAUGACAGUGGCUUCCAGGUCGCCACCCACAGAAUUGGACUUGUUUUGGGGCGAAUCAAUGAGUCUUGGUUGGCAGCAGAAAGAGAAAAUGUCGAAACUGAAGUCGUGACAGCAUCUAAAGUGCCAUUUGAUUUACUGCUGAAGUAUGAUACAGAAAUUCACACCAUUCCAAGACCAAUGUUUUUAGAAAAAUAUUUAGCUCGACCAUCGUCAAAAUCUUUUGUAGCCAUCAACAAAAAGAGUGGAGAUAUCACUGGGUACACGAGUGUCCAGCCUGGACAGACGGCGUAUAGAAUGGCGCCCCUUUUUGCGGACUCUCUCCUCAUUUCCAAACUUCUCCUACAAAAAGCGUUGCAGUCGAUUCCCAAAGAUGCAGAGGUGGAUAUGUAUUUGAACUGGUCGAAUCCAGCCAGCUGUGAUUUUUUUGUUAAAAACAAAGAUUCUCUUCACUGGGUGUUAGACUGUGUAAGGAUGUUCACGUUGCAUGAUGUCCCAAUCCCACACAACCAUAAAGUCAUUGCCAUCACCUCUCCAGAAAUAACCUUGGUUUAGGAUCACUGACCAUGGAAAAUAGUAUUGUGUGGGUGUUUGAUAAAUUGAAAUUACAACAUUAAAACAUAUUUAUAAUUAUAAUAUUCAUAGGCCCGU